AUGGUCGCUCCUACUUACAUUUACAAGAUUGUUCCCGCUUCGACUCCCCCGCCUGACCUUUUGCCAGAGGCCCUCCCAGUCAGCGAUCUCGACAAGAAUGACGGAUUCCUCCACCUUUCGACGGCAUUGCAAAUUCCUGGGACCUUGAAGAGAUUCUUCGCCGAUGAAGAACGUGUAUUUAUCCUAAGAAUCGUCUACAAGGACGUAGAAAGUGUUGUCAAAUGGGAAAAUAGUAAAGGAAGAACUCCUGGAGGAGUGGGAGAAGAAGACAUGUACCCACAUAUUUAUAACGGACUUCGUCUAGGGAAAAAUGAGAUCGAGAGCAUCAUGGAGUGGGUAAACCAGCAAGGUUGGGAAAGUGCCAUAAACAAAGCCACAGUAGAGGGAUGGUUUGUUUACUGA